ACUUGCAGCUCUCUGCAGUUCUGCACUCACCUACGUGACAGCACAACAGAGCGCCACAAGGCCAAGGUCUGGAGAGGUCAGCAAUCAAACAGAAGACAUUGUUGUGAUGUUGUUAAGGCAGGUCGGCCCCACUCCGGACCCUGACUCGGCAGCAUGGAGCUGGUCCAGGACACCUCCCGCCCGCCACUGAAGUAUGUGAAGGGGGUGCCUCUCAUCAAGUACUUUGCAGAGGCAAUUGGGCCACUGCAGAGCUUACAGCCCAGGCCCGAUGACCUGCUCAUCAGCACCUACCCCAAAUCUGGCACCACCUGGGUGAGUGAGAUCCUGGACAUGAUCUACCAGGAUGGCGACUUGGAGAAGUGUCAGAGGGCUCCCAUCUUAACCCGGGUGCCCUUCCUUGAGUUCAAGGGUCCAGGGUGUCCCACAGGUAUGGAGGUUCUGAAAGAUACACCAGCCCCACGGCUCCUCAAGACACACUUGCCCCUGGCUCUGCUCCCACAGGCCCUGCUGGACCAGAAGAUUAAGGUGAUCUACGUUGCCCGGAACGCCAAGGAUGUGGCCGUCUCCUAUUACCACUUUUACCGCAUGGCCAAAGUGCACCCUGAGCCCGGCACCUGGGAGAGCUUCCUGGAGAAGUUCAUGGCUGGGGAAGUGUCCUAUGGGUCCUGGUACCAGCACGUGCGGGAGUGGUGGGAGCUGAGGCGCACCCACCCUGUUCUCUACCUCUUCUACGAGGACAUGCAGGAGAACCCCAAAAGGGAGAUUCGGAAGAUUCUGGAGUUCGUGGGCCGCUCCCUGUCAGAGGAGACCGUGGAUCACAUUGUGCGGCACACGUCGUUCAAGGAGAUGAAGAAGAACCCCAUGGCUAACUACAGCACCAUACCCGUGGAGCUCAUGGACCACAACAUUUCCGCCUUCAUGAGGAAAGGCAUCACGGGGGACUGGAAAACCAUGUUCACUGUGGCCCAGAAUGAGCGCUUUGAUGCCCACUACGCUGAGAAGAUGGCAGGCUGCAACCUCAAGUUCCACACAGAGCUGUGAGUGGUGUUCAUGGGACCGCUCCCCAGGGAGUGUGUGCGAGUGGCCCGACAGGGGCCUCAAGAAUAAAGUACAGCUUCUGUUGCA